CCUCUCUCCCUCAUCCCCUCUCCCUCCACCUCGUGUCUCAACACAGGAAGACAUGGACCUUACGGGUAGAAGACAAAACAUCUGAGCUGAGUGAGCUGUGACUUACAUCUAAAAUGAGUCUCUCUGGGGGGAGAGAGGAGGGGACAACUGCCUCUGAAAUGAGCCUCUCUGGGGAGAGAGAGGAGGGGACCACUGCCUCUAAAAUGACUCAAGACACAAGUUCUAAGAGUGUCCUGAAGCCCAGAGCAGUGUCACCUACAACCAGCCUGCUAUCAAUGAAGUGUGAUCGGCCACCUGCUUUCAGCCAGGAACCAUUACCAGAUGACAAUAAGGAAGUGGAGAGUUUGGACAGUGAGGAUGCAUUAAAGAUCACACACAACCUUCUGGACAGAAGAAGUCAAACUCUGCUGACAGUCCAACAAGACAUCAAGGCUAAACUGAAACACAAGUAUCAACACAUAUCUGAAGGAAUUGGACACCAUGGAAACCAAAGUCUGUUCAAGGACAUCUACACAGACCUCUACAUCACAGAGGGUGGAAGUGGAGGGCUCAAUAAUGAACAUGAGGUUAGACAGAUAGAGAUGGCAUCCAAGAAACUAACCACACAAGAGACACCAAUCAAAUGCAACGACAUCUUCAAGCCUUUACCUGGACAAGACAAACCAAUCAGAACUGUGCUGACCAAAGGAAUCGCUGGUGUUGGAAAAACAGUCUCUGUGCAGAAGGUCAUCCUUGACUGGGCAGAGGGAAAAGCAAAUCAGGACGUUCAUUUCAUGUUUCCUCUUCCUUUCCGUGAUCUGAACCUGAAAAAGGACCAAUACAGUCUGAUGCAACUUCUUUCCCACUACUUCCCAGAGCUGAAAGAGAUUGACAGCAUUGAAGAUGGUGAAACCAAAACUGUUUUCAUUUUUGAUGGUCUGGAUGAGUGUCGACUUCCUCUAGACUUAACAAAUGAUGAGAAGUGCUGUGAUGUCACGAUGCCAACCUCAGUGGACGUGCUACUGACAAACCUCAUCAAGGGGAUUCUGCUUCCCUCUGCUCUCCUCUGGAUAACCACACGACCUGCAGCAGCCAAUCAGAUCCCUCCUGAGUGUGUUGACCAAGUGACAGAGGUACGAGGGUUCAAUGAUCCACAGAAGGAGGUGUACUUCAGGAAGAAAAUCACAGAUCAGAAUCUGGCCAAUGAAAUCAUCAAAUACAUGAAGACAUCAAGAAGCCUACACAUCAUGUGCCACAUACCAGUCUUCUGUUGGAUAUCAGCCACUGUCCUUGAGAUGAUGCUGAAAGAGACAGAGAAGGAUGAAGUCCCCAAUACUCUGACCCAGAUGUACUCACACUUCAUGCUCAUCCAAAUCAUUGUGAAGAACAGGAAGUACAACAAAGCCACAGAGACAAGCCCAAAGGAACUGUCUCAGUCAGACAAAGAGAUGAUCCUGAAACUGGCAAAGCUGGCUUUCCAACAGCUGCAGAAGGGCAACCUGAUCUUCUACGAGGAGGACCUGAGAGAGUGUGGUCUUGACGUCACAGAGGCAUCAGAGUACUCAGCAUUGUGUACAGAGAUCUUUAAAGAAGAAUCUGGGCUGUACCAAGAGAAGGUCUACAGCUUUGUGCAUCUGAGCAUUCAGGAGUUUCUAGCAGCAGUGCAUGCUUUAGAAUCAUGUCUGGACAAGAAGGAAAAUGUUUUUCCCACCACUAGUGAUGAUGAAGAGAAGAAGUCAAUCCAGUUGUCUGACUUACACAGGAGAGCAGUGGACCAGGCCUUGAAGAGUGAGAAUGGACACCUGGACCUGUUCCUCCGCUUCCUUCUGGGUCUCUCACUGGAGUCCAAUCAGAAUCUGUUACGAGGCCUUCUGACACAGACAGGAAGUACCACACGGAGCAAUAAGAAAACAGUUGAGAGAACAGUCAGGUACCUUUCAGACAAGAUCGACGAAGAAUCCUCACCAGAAAGGAUCAUCAACUUGUUCCACUGUCUGAAUGAACUUGGUUCCAACUCUCUAGUUGAAGACAUGCAGACCUCCCUGCGAUCAGGAACUCUUUCAGAAACAAGACUAAAACCUGACCAAUGUUCAGCCCUGGCCUACCUGUUACUGAUGUCAGAGGAGGUGCUGGAGGAGUUUGACCUGAAGACAUACAGCACAUCAGAGGAAGGUUAUCAGAGGUUGCUGCCGGUAGUGAAAACCUGCAAGAGAGCACUACUAGCUGGCUGUAAACUCACAUAUGAAUCCUGUGAGACUCUGGCCUCAGCUCUGCAGACACCAAACUCCCCCCUGAGAGAACUGGACCUCAGCUACAAUGACCUGGGAGACAGAGGAGUGGAGCUGCUCUGUGUUGGACUAACCAGUCCACUCUGCAACAUACAGACACUAGUUCUAGGUCAGUGUGGUCUGACAGAGGGUUGCUGUUCAGAUCUGGCCUCAGUCCUGAGUUCACCCAACUCACAACUGAAACAGCUGCAGCUGAGAGACAAUGACCUGCAGAACUCAGGAGUUACAUUGCUGUCUGCUGGACUGGAGGAUCCAGACUGUAAACUAGACACACUGGGUCUAGGUCAGUGUGGUCUGACAGAGGGUUGCUGUUCAGAUCUGGCCUCAGUCCUGAGUUCACCCAACUCACAACUGAAACAACUGGAGCUGAGAGACAAUGACCUGCAGGACUCAGGAGUUACACUGCUGUCUGCUGGACUGGAGGAUCCAGACUGUAAAAUACACACACUGGGGCUGUCUGGCUGUCUGGUCACAGAGGAGGGCUGUGCUGCUCUGUCUUCAGCUCUGAGGUCAAACCCCUCCCACCUGAAAGAGCUGGACCUGAGCUACAAUCACCCAGGAGACUCUGCAGGGGAACUGCUUUCAGCUGCUCUGGUGGAUCCCACAUAUAAACUGAUGAAGCUGAAUGUGGAUCAUGGUGGAGAGUGCAGGCUGAAAUCAGGGCUGAGGAAAUAUGCCUGUCAUCUCACCCUGGACCCAAAUACAGCACACCCACACCUGAUACUGUCUGAGGGGAACAGGAAGGUGACACGGGUGGUGGAGGACCAGCAUUAUGAAGACCAUCCAGACAGAUUUGAUUGUCUUCAUCAGGUUCUCUGCAGAGAAGGCUUAUCUGGGUGUCGUUAUUACUGGGAGGUGGAGAUGGAUGGUACCGGGGCAGUCAUUGGUGUGGUGUACAGAGGAAUGAAGAGGAAGGGAAGGGGGGUUGACAGUGACAUUGGAGGCAAUAAGAAGUCCUGGUGUUUAUUCUGCUCUCAUAGUGGUUAUUGCUUUUACCAUCCUGGAGUCUGUUGCAGAUCCAUCCCUGGUCCUGUUUCUAACAGAGUUGGAGUGUAUCUGGACUGGUCAGCUGGUACUUUGUCCUUCUAUAGUGUGUCCUCCUCUGGUACACCGACACACCACCUUUACACAGAACACACCACAUUCACUGAACCCCUCUAUCCUGGGUUUGGUGUUUCCUCCUCCUCAGUGACCUCAGUGACCCUGCGUCAGAUAGAUGACCAACACAUUCAGAGAAAUAGAACUACAGACCAUGGUGGAGAGAGUUGUAUCAAGCCUGGACCUGAG